AGCUAGCCACCAUGCUGGAUCACCAGUGUAAAGAAAAAAACAUAAUAAAUGAAAACAGAGCGGGGAAGCAACUGUGAAAGCUGAGCUGUGCGGACAAAGCCCACGUGCUUUUCUACAGCGGAGAUUCUGCCGCUUCCGAGACUGCAGCGGAGAUUCUGCCGCUUCCGAGACUACAGCGGAGAUUCUGAGGCUUCGAAACAAAACAAGGGACAAAAACACAGGAGUUUUCCAGCAGCAUUCUUCUUCCGGUACAAUCUCUGCGAAACAACGGAGGGGGACAGGGAGCAGAGGCUGCAGUGACAGAGACAGAAGCAGCCGCUGUACAGCAGCAGCGGGAGUGAGGGACGCUGGAAAGAGGGCAGGAAAAGGGGAUUGUGAAUGCUAAGCGACGACCACAGAGAAGCUGAAAGGCGCCAGGAAGAUUGGAGGAGAAAAAUAGCCAGAUUGAAAGUACUGCGAAUCUUUUCCCCACAAGAAUCUGAUGUUUCCCAAUAGGAAUCAGGGUAUGAUAGAAAACACGGUCGUGCAUCUCUCUUAUAAACGCUGUUUUACAAGGGACUUUUAAAGUUUCAACAGUAAUUCAAAACAAAAACACUAUUAAAAGAGCAGCUCCAGGAGAGGUGGAGAAAGAGAUAGGGGUUGGGGGGGGGGGGGGGAGUAGAAGCCAAAUGUAGUAGUAUUACAUUUAGGAAAAUAUAAGUAGUUAAUCAGUGACCUAUACAAAAUAAUGAUGUGCCACUGUCCAGAUGCUUAAACUCAUGCCUCAACUCUUUGAUAAUGUUUAAUUCAAAUGUAUCUGUAUAAAUACUGCAGACUGAACCUAGCAGUCACAUUGUCUUCACAUUCCCUCAUGUUAUAAGUAAAGUUUAAAUAUAAAAAAUGCCUCACGAUGACUCUGUAGCUGCGCCAUCAUCUUCUAGAAGGUCUUAUACAAAUUCCAUGAAGCUGGAGGUAAUUGAACUUGCGAAACAGAAAGGAAACCGUGCCGCAGCAAGAGAACAUGGAGUAGAUGAAAGCCUGGUUCGUCGGUGGAGACUCCGCGAAGAUGUCCUGAAAAAGCAGAAAACCACUGCCAGAGCUGCUGGUCGAGGCCAACGCUGCCGCUGGCCAAAUUUAGAGAAGAAUAUGGCGUCCUGGAUCACUGCCCAGCGAGAUGCCGGGAGAGCCGUGAGUACUGUAGCCAUUCGACUAAAAGCCAGUGUAAUGGCAAAGGAAAUGGGACAUGAGGAUUUUAUGUGUAGCCCAUCUUGGUGCUUCCGCUUUAUGAAGAGGAACAAUUUAUUUAUCAGAGCCCGAACAACUGUUGGACAGAAAUUACCUGAUGGCUGGGAGGAAAAAGUACAGGAUUUUAAAUCAUUUGUCCAUGGGAUUAUAAUAGAACACAAUUUCCCACCAAGUAAAGUUGGGAACAUGGAUGAAGUACCCAUGUUUUUUGAUGCUCCCCAAACAGUUGCCAGUGUUGGUGAAAAGUCUGUGAAAGUCACAACAACUGGAGGACCAGAGAGGACCCAUUUUACGGCCGUACUAAGUUGCAUGGCAGACGGCACUAAACUUCCUCCGUGUAUAAUCUUUAAACGGGUCACCAUGCCCAGAGAAAAGUUUCCUUCUGGUUGCGUUGUCAUGUGUAACAAGGAAGGCAGGGUCAACAAAGAAGUGAUGAGCGAAUGGCUUAAGGUUUGCUGGAGAAAACGCCCAGGGUCUUUCUUAAAUCCGGAAGGUCUCCUCAUUAUGGACUCUAUGGCAGCACACAAGGCUGAGAAGAUCAGAAAGCAAAUAAAAGAACAGCGUUUACACCUAGCCAUAAUUCCUGGAGGCCUGACACGUAAACUUCAGCCAUUAGAUGUCAGAGUAAACCACGCAUUUAAGGUGUACGUUAGAGAGGAGUGGGAAAAGUGGAUGAGUGAAGGCCAGCACAAAUUCACUCGAGCAGGAAAACUUACAAAGGCAAAGAUUUCAGAUGCCUGUUUGUGGGUGGUGACCGCAUGGAAUAGAGUAAAGCAAAGUACCAUCGUCAACAGUUUUAGAAAGGUGGGAGUCAUGCCAGGUGACGGUGAAGCUACUGCAGAAAACUCAGACAGUGAAAACGAGGACGAUGCAGAGGCAACUAGGCCACGAUUAUCAGAGGAGUUACUAGCUCUUUUCCAUUCAGACUCAGAAGACAGUAAGUUUGACAGCUUUACUGCAAGCGAUGUAGAAUCAGAAUCAGGUACUUACCCUGAAAAGAAGUUGUCUUCACUUGCCAUGGGGAAAACCAAAAGAAAACACAACAUCCAAUUCAAGCUUCAGGUCAUCAACUACGCCGAGCAACAUUCAGGAGAGGCAACUGCCAGACAUUUUAAUAUUGAUUCAAAACGAGUGAGAGAUUGGAAAAGUCAAAAAGAUGACCUUGUAAGCAUGUCACAGUUGGACCAGAAGAGAGCCAGGCUAGGGGGUGGGGGGAGGAAGAAGAAAAGCGAUGCGCUGGAGGUGAAGAUGUGUGAAUGGAUCCAGGGCCUCCGGUCCAAACAAAUGAUGGUGUCUCAAAGGAUGAUCAGGAGUAAAGCAAAGGAGCUCUACACCACCCUGAAUGACGGUGGAUCUCCUGAAUUUACUGCCAGUGCGGGCUGGUUGGAAAAAUUCCUUUUGCGCAAUGGGUUUGCGGCCCGGCGCAGCACUGCAGCUCCCCAAGAAGAUGCCGGGGAAGUCAUGAACAAGCUGGUGUCUUAUUUAAUGGUCACGACACAGACGAUUUCUCAGAAAGAAAUAAAGGACAACAACAUAAUAGCCAUGGCUGAGACUGAAGUGUGGUUUGACACGGCCAGAUCAACUGAAGACCAGCGCAGUGGUCCACUGAGAGCCACAGACCAAGACAAAAGCCACGUAACUGUGGUGUUGGCCGCUAAAGCGGACGGUACAAAGCUGAAGCCCUACGUCAUCUUCAAACGGGUCCGAGACGCGAAGGCCCUGCAAGGCAUCAACGGCGUUGUCGUGGCCUCCAACCACCAGGGGAAGAUGAAUGACAGACUGGCCGCAGACUGGCUCCAGAGAAUCCUGGGGAAGAUCAGCCUGGCUCCUCGUCUCCUGGUCUGGGACUCGUGCUGCUGUCACACCAGCACUGCCACCACAGAGGAGCUCCAGGAGGGCUACCACCUGACAACAGCCGUCAUCCCAGACGGCUGCACCAAAUGGAUCCACGCCCCCGACAUAAUGUGGAACCAGCCCUUCAUAGCCGGUCUUCAGGACUGCUACGACGGCUGGAUGACAGGAGAUUCGGACCAAGAAUACACAUCUGAGGGACACUUGAAAGGUCCAACUCCCCGCCUGCUUGUGGACUGGGUCCUCAAGGUGUGGAGCGAGAUGGACCCUGGACUCUUGAAGAAGUCCUUUAAGGCAUGCGGCCUGACAGUGGCCCCUGAUGGCAGUGAGGACCACCUGAUCAACUGCUUCAAAGACGGAGAACCGUGGGCAUCAGGUAGAGGGCUUCUGGCUCGGGUAAGACUGCAGGGCCAUAGGAACAGCAGCGUCAAAGAGGAAGACAUGGAGCUGGUGAUCAUUAAGGAGGAGGAGCUUGUUGAGAACAUCAAGGAGGAGGAGGAAGAGAAGUUUGUGUCUGUCAAGGUUGAGAGCUUCUGAGCAGCAAACUAUUUGUUUUGGACAAAAGAAGGAGAAAGAGUAGAAUUUUUUUUACUGUUUAUCCUUUUCAUUACCAGUUUGCAUGUGCCCUACCAAAUUGCCGGUUUAAGUUAUCUGAAUAAUGUGCAUGUUUGUUUUAUGCGAUUUAUUAAUACAUUAAUACAUCAGUUCUAUUAAA